AUGGCUAUGGCAGACUCGCCUAUAACCCAAGUCUCACAGGACACCGCCCAUGAGACCAUGAUAUCAAGCUCAGAAAACUCACCCAUCACCCAAGUCGCCCCGCCCCCCGCCCCUCCACCAACCGCCGCCCAAUACUACACCCCCGGCCAACAGUUCUAUCCAUCAAAGUUCAUCCUUGACCUCAGAGGAACCCGCUUCGACCUCGACCGAGAAACCCUCGUCGCCCUACCAGAGUCCAUCCUCGUCGUCAUGUUCCCUAACGGUCUCAUUCUUCGGCCAAAGUCUUCAGGGGGUGGUGGUGGUGCUACGAAUGCUACCAUUACGUCCUCUACCUCUGCUGCCGCAGGGACAGGGGUAGGAGGGGGAAGAGGGGGAGCGGGGAUAGAGGGUGGAGGACGAGGGGUAGGAGGAACAGCAGUAACAGCAGGUCAACUCAAGGGGAAAUCGUCAGCAGGAGCAGGUCUUGCUCAGGCUGCCGCUGCCGCUGCCUUGGGAGCGAGCGCUGGUGCUGGCACUAGUGCUGGUGCUGGUGUGGUGGGCAACAACAGCGGUAUAGCGACUGGACAUGGGCAUCACCCCUCAGAAAGCACUUAUACCGACUACAGCGACUAUAGCGAUUACAGCUAUGAUGAUUACGACGAUGACGACGAUGAUGGUCAUGGUUUGGACCGGGAGGAACUUUUGGACGACGAGGAUCUUACGGAUGAUGAUGAUGAGGAGGAAGAACAGGUCAUUGUUGUGGAUUUUGAUCCGGUCUGUCUCCAGUAUAUCCUCGACAACUACCGUCAGGCCCAGCGGGCCGGAGAACUCGAACGGCGGAUCCGGAAGCAGGAGCAUGAACGCCAAUUGAAACUUCAACUUCAACAGCAACAACACCUUCUUCAACAACUUCAACUCCAACAGCAGCAGCAAGGAUCCGCAGCGUCGACAACAACACCAGCAGCCACAUCGACAGGAGAAGCAACGGAUGCUGCGCUGCCAACGUCCUCGGAAUCGUCGGCCUCGUCAUCAUACCACCAGCCUUUGCCCCUGAACUCGAUGGUACCCCAGAAUCCGCUCCUCAACAAGCAGGCAAUCAUUGUCCUCCGCGAGGAACUUGAUUAUUUUGUCAUCCCUCCUCCGUCCACCAAAGGUCGUCCACCGACCGACGGCACUGCACCCGCCACUGCCACAUCCUUUUCGUCCUCAAAACCACUAAAUGGUCCGACAUCGACGACACCAAUAGUAACUGGACCACGAGCGCAGACAAGCAGGGACUCGGCAGAUGGACCAUUGCCUCUACUCGGAACUACUCCUGCAAUAACCCCGUCGUCGACAACAGCAUCAAAGUCAGCAGGAGGCGCGCCUACAAAAGUGAACGGAUCAGUCCCUCCGAAGACCUCUACCUCCUCUACAGCAGCGCCUUCGGAUCAGCAACCCAAGAUGAUCAAGACCCAAUGCGGCCAGGUCCUGCUCAAGGACCGCAAGAUCUUUGCCGCACUACAGCGCAAUAUUGACAAGGAGAAAAAUCAGGCAGAACAACAACUCAUGGAUAUGUUGUGCGUCUCGGGGUUCCAGAAGGAGGGCGAAUGGGGUUACAGACGAGUGGAGCCGAAGCGGACGACGGUUGUGAGCGUAGCAAUGGUCAUGCUCCGAACCUCCGCCCAGCCUUAUUCCACAACAGCAGCAGCGUCGCCUUCAUCUUCAUCGGCACCCACUGCACCCACUGCAACCACUGUGCCAACGCCAGCAACACCCACCGCCGCCAACGAACAGUCAGCAGCAGCAGCAGGAUUAGAUCAGGAAACGAGUACGACUCGGACGGCGGAUGGGAAUAAUCAGGCGACUCCUCCACAACAGGACGAGACCCAAGGGCAAGAACAACAGCAACAAGAGCAGAAGGAAGAGCAAGAGCGAGUACGAGAGCGGAGAGAGCAAGAGCAAAAACAGAUCCGGAUCCAGCAACAACAGCAACAACAGCAGCAGCAGUUUCAAAUGGCCAUUGCCGAAAAGCUGUUGCUCUUUUGGCGGAAACCAGCUAGAAAGUGCUGGUGGGAUGGUAUCCAGGUCGAGGUGUACCAAGAUCCAAGCGACACCACUAUCACCCCGCUGGUCCCUGUCCGUCUCUGGGCUCGUCGUACCUGGACCCUCGAACUUGUCCUUGUCUAG